UCGAAGUAAAGAUGAUGUGGAGUCUAGUAAUACCAUUGGUAUUGCUGUUGCCACUGGCUUCCAGCUACAACUACUGCCACAACAAGACCCACAGGUGUAUCCUGGAGCACAAGGAGCACUUCAUGUGCCGGCUGGGCAAGUUUCCUGUGUACGGCGAGCGGACCAAGUUUCAUGCCAUUGUUCCGUCCACCCGCAAAUUUGAAUCUAUUAUAUUGGAAAUCCUGAAUAAUUUACGAAACUCGUUGGCUGGCGGGGAGUUGAGGACGAAUGCCAAUAAGACGUUCGCGAAGGCGAAGAGGAUGCGGAGGCUCAUGUGGGAUAGGGAACUGGCGCACAUGGCACUCUCCCAUGCCUCCACAUUGUCCUUCAAGCACUCGGAUUGCCGGUCCACCAAGAGAUUUCCCCAUGUCGGCGAAUGCCUUGCUGUGGUGGCCCCCAAGGAUAAGCUCAGUAUCACGGAGAUUUGUAAGAGGGCGAUCCACUUGAUGUUCGACGAAUAUAAGAACGUUACGGCACCGAGAAAACUUCUUAAGCGGUUCGACCCCGUCAGGGACUACUACGUGGGACACUUCACUACCAUUAUCAGCGAUCGGGUAUCUCGCGUGGGCUGUGGCAUUGCCGUGGCCUCCAACUGCCGCCAGGAGUCGUUCAUCAAAUUUUGCCAUUUUGUGACCUGCCACUUCGACUUUAACAACGUGGAGAGUUCGUAUGUCUAUAAGGCUGGGGAUCCCUGCUCUUCCUGCGAUGACUGGGGAACACAUGGCAGCGAUAGGUAUCCCAAUCUGUGCAUGAACACUGGAGUCCUUUUUCCGCCGGAUCAAGGCGACCAUGGUGAUUGAAAGGCCUUUUGUGAGGUGUUUAAUAUAUUCGUACAUUUAUAUAUUUUCGUAUGCUCUUGCCUAGGGGUUCCGAAGCACAGGAGACAAACUUUGAAUACCUUCCAGAACCCAAAAUACAAUCCUUACAAUUCCUA